CGGUGAGACUAGCUCUGAUACUCAGGUCGAAUCACAUCGUGUACGACCACCCUACGAUCGCUGCCCUCGCUUCACAUCGCUGCAAUCAUCUGUCGUUGCGCCAAAGGGAAUUUUUUUCGGGCCGCCCACAUUGCCAGGCAUCAGGCUAUCGAUACAGGUUGGGUCUGACGACAUAUUGCCCUGAUCGACGUAUGCUCCGAAACAUUCUUGUACGGCCCCGAUAUCCUAUCUCCAUCACUCGAUCAUUACGGAGUUCCCUUUGACUGGUCGGCUCUGAGAUUAUGCAGCAAGGCAGUCCUAUGGAUCAUGGCUUUGCACAGAUCAGCACGACAUUCACGACUGGGCAGUAUUCAGAUCUGACUAUCCGUUGUAAGAACAAAAUCUUCAACGUACACAAGGUUAUCGUAUGCAGUCAAUGUCAAGACUUUGCGGACCUCUGCUUGGCCAAUGUCGAGUAUGUCUCUGACGAGAUCGACCUCCCGAAUGACGAUCCGCUCGCUAUUCAGGCCUUGCUGGAGUUCUUCUACUCUAUGACCUAUACGUUUGAUAUGUCAUCACCUGCCGCAUCCUUCCUUCAUAUUUCCGUCUUCGCAGUUGCAACCAAAUACUCCAUUGGGGAAUUAUGUCUGCUCGCAACUACAAAUUUCCAGUCUCUCGCCAGUAAGAUAUGGAAUUCGCCGUCCUUUGUCGAAUCUGUACGCUUCGUGUACACUUCUACACCCGCACAUCAUCGCGCACUGCGCGACAUCGUCUUGGACAUUGUUACGCGCAAUAUCGACACGAUUCUAGCAAAAGAUGGCCAAUUCAGCCAAGUGAUGCGUGACACGGGUGAUUUUGACGUCGAGCUUGUAAACAGCUUGGCUAGAACCAACAACGAGUUGAGAAGUCGCCUCCAAAGCAAAGUCAGAUGCCUGGCUGCGCUGUAGCAUUCAGCUAUAUACCAGAAUUUGAUACAAGACCAAACAUUUUCUGUAUCGCUUGUGGGAAAUACUUCCUUGUCCAUGACAACUUAGUACCUGGGUGAACUUCUCGAGGGCGGACAAGCGAAGAUUUCAGACUCAGGGGUGAUCAGGUCCCCAUCUAUGCCCAGCAAUAACAAUGGAACAACAUACAGAAGACUAUUACAGAAUCUUUUAGUAUAUCUCAAUUUCUUAACAGGGUGCAAAGGCGAUGUUCUUGAGGUGAUCUAUGAUUUGUUGUUUUUCAGUAUCAUGCACAGCCCCUUUUUUCGGUUCAGUUGCUUGAUACAGGUCCCCAGAUAACUUAGCCUAGAUCAGCAGCGACUAGAACGGU